UCAUACAGGUCGUAGCAGAGCGCGCGAUGGCUCAUGGAUAGACCCGGACUGCGAUGUGUGCGUGAGUGUGCUCUCGGGCUCGGAAUCGCAGCACAGCGCGAAAGUAGCAACAGCAGCAGCCAGCAGCCAGCAGCCAGCUAAUGAGCUAAGCCAGCUUCCGUUCGGCCGGCGGUAUCUCGAUUCUCGCGACGAUGUGACGUUCACUUCACGUUGCGCGCACGCAGGACUCGGUAUGGCGCGAUAGGACGCGCGUAUACGUUGCAUCUUGGGGGCGUUUCAUUUGGAGCACGCGUUUAUACGUGUUUACGUCCUACCCAGGGCUCCUCGCCUCGAGGAGCAUCCGCGAACACGCGUUGCGCAUUUCAUGGAAAAUUAUCGUGGCGGCUUCCUCGAUCGCGGCUUAACGUAAAUCGCUACCUCCCCUCUUCUCCUCGUCGCCAGCCGGAGGUGUAUUUGUGCUGACUCGUCGAUAAACAACGCGCGCGCCGACGUCACCACCAGGAAACGCGCGAUGCGUGUCCCGGCGCCUCGAGCGCAAAACACCCGAAGAUCUCGUGAACAAUGUCCAGGUGUCGAUAAUUGAUAUUAUCGCAAGAGCGAACGGGAAAAACGCGUUAGCGAACGGGAGGUUGGCGAAGGAAGGUAUGGAGGGUGUCAACGGUCAGCUGCAGACCAAGUAUCAGAAAAUCGCCACGGAAUACUCAAAAAUUCGUGCGCAAGCGAACGUUCUGAAAAAGGCUGUGAUAGAGGAGCAAACGCGUAACGUGGAGAUCCGGAAUCAGUUGAAGGAGAAAGAGGUCGAGUUUCGCCGGGCUGAGCAGGAGAUCGACAGCCUGACGUUUCGCAAUCAACAAUUGACAAAGCGUAUAACUGUACUGCAAGAAGAGCUUGACAAGGCACAGAACAAGCCUAAGAAGGGUAAGGGCAAAGCGUUGGAGAACAACAGUCAAAUCACAGUGACACCACCACCACUGAAUAACAUCUUGGACGAGGAAUUUCAAAAGAAGAUAGUCGAAAAUGCUCAAUUGUUGUCGCAGAUUAGUGACAAGGACAACGAAAUUGAAACCCUAUACGAAAGGAUACAACAGUUGGAAUGUAAAAUCGAUUAUUGUGAGAAAGCUAAGGUAGAAUCGGAAUGCCAGUACCAGGGUACUAUAGAUAAAUUAGAAAGAGAGAGAAAUGACUUGCAGAGAAAGUUAAAUGACAGACAGAAACAAGAAGAAACUGUGUCAUGGUCUAGUAACGAAGGUAAACGCGAUGGUUAUGACUUUGAUGCAAGGGGAGUGCUCUCGAAUCAUCGACAGACAGAACCAUCGCCAUUUUCCUCGCCAUCUGCUUCUCGCAGAUCCUCGAAAUCACUUGGGGAAGGAAAGCCACAAAAGUCACAAGAAGAAAGUAAUGAAUUUCUCUAUGCAAAACCAUGUGACUUAGAGAAGGAAAUUAUUCAUUGGAAAGCUCAGUACCAUAUACUCAAGAUAAAGUAUGACGAAUUACAACAAACACAAGCUGUGGCAACUUCGCAAAUGGAUGGCGACACAUUGAAACCUAUAGAAAUAAGUAAUAUGAUUGGAAAAUUGAGUGCACCUUUUGCCAUACCAGAAGAGAUUGAAGCUCGUGAAUUAAAAAUUAGGGACUAUUUUCUAGAAGAAAUAGAAAGAUUGACAAACGAAAAAUAUGUCUAUCAUAUAAAAAACUUAGCUAUGGCCGCGAAUAGCGAAGUUAUGCACGUGCAGUUAGAUACAAGCGAAUCAAAAAGAGAGAAGUGCGAGGUGGCACUAUUAGAGACACUUUCCAAUUGUAAUAGUAUACAAAAAGAGAAAGAGACACAGGAGGUAAAUUACAAGGUACAACUCAACACCAUGAGCGAACAUCUUGCCAAUAUGAAUGAAAAACUUAUCUUCCAAACAGAGGAGAUACAACAAUUGAAAUUUGAAUUAGCUAAUAAGAAUAGUAAAAGAGGAAAACAAAAGUGAUCCAGGUCAGAAUUGCAAAGAACAAUCAUUGACAUUCCAUUCAGUGGUAUGGUUUAAUCGUGAUCAUUGAUAAAUUUUAUGUACAUAUAUAGAUUGUAUCCACUGAUUUUGCGUAUACUCAUAUCUUUAGCCUGAAAAGUGCUAAAGAGCUCUCUAACUUGAUGUUACGUUAUUUAUGAAAUCAAAAUAAAAAUUCUCAUCGACGACGUUCUAUUUAUGAACGCUUACAUUAUAAGUUUAAUUCUUUUAUGCAUAUGUGCAAUGAUUAUCUUUAUUUGUUCAUACUUAUUUACAGCAAUACUUGGACAGGAUAAAUUUUGCAAUCUAAAUUUGUUAAUAAAGAGAAUCUUUUUUGUACCACUUACAAGAUAUUGAUAGUUUAUAGGUAAAAAUGUAAACCAAUACCUACAAUUGUAAAUUAUAAGUCAUUCUUACUAAAUGGAAGCAAAUGUAAGAAAUGUACAGCUACUGUUUAUAGUAGGUGUUGUGAUAAAAUUAAUGUAUAUUCGCCAAAGCAAUUGUAUGUAUUGCCUUGAGCGUAUUAAUUAUAAAUAAAAUAUAAUUAAUCUUCG